AAAAAUGGUUGACCCUACUUUGGCAGCAAUAACCUCAACGUUUUCUGUAGUUGCAGAUCAGACCUGCGCAACGGUCAGGAGGAAUUUUAUACCAUUCCUCUUUACAAAACUGUUUCAGUUUAGCAAUAUUCUUGGGAUGUCUGGUGUGAAGCUCUCUCUUGAGGCCCUGCCACGGCAUCUCAAUCGGGUUGAGGUCAGUACUCUGACUGGGCCACUACAGAAGGCAUAUUUUCUUCUGUUGUAGCCAUUCUGUUGUUUAUUUACUUCGGUGUUUUGGGUCGUUGUCCUGUUGCAUCACCCAACUUCUGUUGAGCUUCAAUUGGCGAACAACCUUAAAUUCUCCAACAAAAUGUCUUGAUUAACUUGGCAAUACAUUUUUCCAUUGAUGAUAGCUAGCUGUCCAGACCCCGAGGCAGCAAAGCAGCUCCAAACCAUGAUAUGAUGCUCCCUUCACCAUACUUUACAGUUGGGAUGAGGUUUUGAUAUUGGUGUGCUGUGCUUUUGUUUUCUCCACACAGUGUUGUGUGUUCCUUUCAAACAACAAAAUUUUAGUUUCAUCUCUCCACAGAAUAUUUUGCCAGUAGCGCUGUGGAACAUCCAGAUGCUCUUUUGCAAACUUCAAACGUGCAGCAAUGUUUUUAUUUGGACAGUCGGUGGCUUCUUCCAUGGUGUCCUCCCAUGAACACCAUUCUUGUUUAGUGUUUUACGUAUCGUAGACUCGUCAACAGAGAUGUUAGGAUGUUCCAGAGAUUUCUUUAAGUCUUCAGCUAACACUCUAAGAUUCUGCUUAACCUCAUUGAGCAUUCUGCGCUGUGCUCUUGCAGUCAUCUUUGCAGGACGGCCACUCCUAGGGAGAGUAGGAACAGCGCUGAACUUUCUACAUUUAUCUACAGUUUGUGUAACCGUGGAGUGAUGAACAUCAAGGCUUUUAGAGAUACUUUUGUAACCCUUUCCAGCUUUAUGCAAGUCAACAAUUCUUAAUCUUGGGUCUUCUGAGAUCUCUUUUGUUUGAGGCAUGGUUCACAUCAGACAAUGCUUCUUGUGAAUAGCAAACUCAAAUUUUGUGAGUUUUUUUAGGGCAGGCAGCUCUAACCAACAUCUCCAAUCUCGUCUCAAUGAUUGUACUCCAGGUUAGCUGACUCCAAUUAGCUUUUGGAGAAGUCAUUAGCCUCGGGGUUCACAUACUUUUUUCAACUUACACUGAAUGUUUAAAUGAUGUAUUCAGUAGAGACAAGAGAAAUACAAUAAUUUGUGUGUUAUUAGUUUAAGCAGAAUGUGUUAAUCUGUUGUUGUGACUUAGAUGAAGAUUAAAUCUAAUUUUAUGACCAAUUCAUGCAGAAAUUCAGAUAAUUCCAAUAGGGUUCAUAUACUUUGUCUUGCCACUGUAUUUGGAUGAUAUGAUGUAAUAUGCGUUUGCCACUUUGGUAAAUGUAAAAAGUCUAGAUGAGGAAGAUGAUUAAGUUGCAACAAUGGAGACCACACAUUUAAUAUAGAAUAAUUGCAACAACAAAAAAUGAAAGGUAUACUUGUUAUAUUUACUUUAAAAAUAUUUUGGAUAUGGAUUAACAUGUGUUUUGAUUUCCAACAUACUGUAAAUCUUAAUCAAUUCCGUUGAUGUACCUUUCUGUUUUCAUUAAUACAGAUUACUGUUAGGGACUUGCUGCUCAUGAUUGGGCACAUAACUAGCUCAGUAUUGGAGGAGGUAAAUAGCAUCCUGAUCCCUGCCUUGGUUGACCUUAAAAGGCUGAGAGCUUCAGAAAGUGAUGCAGAGAGUAUGCUCUCCAUCAGCAAAGACACCAACGAAGAUUCAACCCAGGGCUCUGUCAGCUGUACCUCCCUACUCUCCAAAGUCAAUGUGAUCUGUCUCACUCAGAGUCCUGACAGUAAGUCCUCCCCAAUCUCCAUUGAAGAACCAGUCAAAACUUGUUGUAGCAGCAGUUCUCUGUCCAGUGAGGAACGAGCACACUCUUCCUCCAGUCAGAUCUCUACUAAGAACCUCCUGGCUACUUGGCCACGUUCUACCAGGCCCCAAUCUGCCAAACCGCCACCUGCUAAACCAUCACCUGCUAAACCACCAUCUGAUAAACCGUCACCUGCUAAACCGUCACCUGCUAAACCGUCACCUGCUAAACCACCAUCUGCUAAACCACCAUCUGCUAAACCACCACCUACUAAACCACCACCUGCUAAACUACGAUCUGCUAAACCACAAUCUGGCAAACCACCACCUGCUAAACUACGAUCUGCUAAACCACCACCUGCUAAACCACAAUCUGCUAAACCACCACCUGCUAAACUACAAUCUGCUAAACCACUACUUGCUAAAUUACAAUCUGCUAAACCACCUACUGCCACUGACUACUCUGGAACCUUAUCUGCUGUGGUAGGUCGUGGGCAUGUCAUCCCUGUCAAACUGACCUUGGCCCCUUUCUCCUCCUUACUCUCCAGCGAAGAGACCAACACCAACCUCCCCUCCAGCAGCCGCCCCUCCUCAUGCUCUAUCAAGCUUUUAGGCAGAAGGAGUGACAUUCCUUGCUCCCUGGCUGUGAGCUCUAUUUCAACUGUUCCUGGACCUGACUCUAGCAGGAGCCCUAAGCGGGAGAAUCAAUAUGCUACUGAGGUCUCGUCGAUCUGCCUCAGCCAAGAUAGAAAUGGCCAAGGAGGGAGUGUGACACCUCCAGCCCCUUUGGAUGUUUCCCUCCCCUCCAUUAUUGAGCGGGCUGGCGGACUUGUAUGUUCCGUCAUCUCCCAGUCUUUAGCAAUUGUGGAGCCGCGGUCAAGUGUGAUUGGUGAGAAGGGCUCUCCAUCUCCCACCACAGUCUCCCAUUCUCCUACAAGGGUGUUUGUCAGCCACUUAAGGAGUAGCCCAUUAGGUGAGGACCUUGUAGAUUCAACACUUGCGGAUGUUAUCUCUGUCCUGAAAAUGGAGGGAAUUUUUUCCUCCUCUCCGACUUUGGACGAGGAGCUGCUUGAUCUCUCCUCCAGUUGUUCCUCAUCAUCCAGCGAAACACUGCAAUGUGUGUCUGUUGGCCCUCUUGGCAGUGGGUCGGAGACGUCCUUCAAACUUCUUGGGGGUCGUACUCUGAGUAUUGCCACCCCAACGGCCCAUGUUAUCACAGAGGACUUAGAAGUCUACAGUGAUGAGAUCAUUGACGAAAUCCUUAUUAUAAUGAGGACCAAAAAAGAUGAUGACAGUGGAAGUGACGUCUCUGGUGCAUCAACACCAUGCAGCACACCAGCACCACAGAGCCGGUCCUCUUCUGCACUGAGGGGAGUGCUUCCCCAUGACAGGAGGAUACUCAGCACAACACUGCUUGGAAUCCAGAACACACUAGACAGUGAGAACCUCUCAGGAGAGUGCUCCAUCUCACCACAGGACAAUGCCAGAGUCCUGGAGAUGAUAAAGUUGCUGCAGAGGCGCCUUGAUGGGACACCCUCAGAGUCCUCCAUCCAUAUCACAGAUGUGGCUUCACCCUUGGGCUUUCCUCUCCCUGUAUCUCUCCAUGCUGUUCAGUCGUGUGUAUUUGCCACUGACAAAGACCUGAAGGCAGAAAGAGUGAAGGGAGUCUUUGAAAGCCUGAGAUCCCAGUUUAUGAGCUACUCCAUCAAGCCUGUGAGUAACAUCAUUACCAGGGCAACAACAAAGAUGGCUGCCUCCAAGCAGGUUAGUUUAGAGACACUCCAGGCAGCAUCAGCAAAAUCAUCUGCUGUGGCUCAGAACCUUAUUAGUUCGGUUUUAUUUCAAGUUGCCAAGGUGUCCUGCUCUGAUGACUUAGAGGGUCUGGGUGAUCAUCUCAGAUGCCCCUCAACUUUGACCAGAGUUCUGACACCUUUGACCUCAGAGAAAGCUACACUGACACCUGCUGUUCUGAAGAUCAGAAGGGAGAUGUGUAAGGAAGUGGCCACUGAACUCCAGAGUUUCUUGAUCAAGGAAUCCCUUACUGGCACCCAGACACCAUCCAAUGGACAUGCUUGCACUUCUGGUUCUGCCCCAAGGGAAGCUGUGCGGGACAUCCUGAGGAAAACCAAAGAGGAGGCUUCCAACAAAAGCCUGAACAAUAUUUUCUCUGUUAAUUUGGAUGAGCGGCUCACAGACUCCAUUGCAGAUGCCUUAUAUCCAAAGCUGCAUGACACAUUGGAGUCCAAGAGAGAGCUGCAGGCUUCUUAUUACAGCUCCCAGAUCAGCUGCAGCCUCAGCCCCUUCGAAGUUGAGAGCAGCCUAGAGCUCCAGGAGUUCACUGACCCACUAUCUGAGUCAGUAUUGUGUCUCCUGGAUAGGACAUUUGGAGAUAAAGCUCAGAACUUAAAGACAGGCGGGAGUGUUUUACAAUAUGUCACAGACCCAGCCUAUAAAAAGCUUUUGAUUGGACCCCACACCAACAAUGUCAAUGUGGUUGUGCACACGAUUGCAGUAGAGGAGUUGCCUGUUGAGGGUUGUAUUGCGCAAAGUGAGGCCAUUCAUGGCCUUCACAAGAAGCAAGAUUUACCUUCCAGUGACAGAGGGAAUGAGACCCCGAGCCCUACUAAUUGCCUGCUGGAGGGUGUAGUGGGCAAACUGAUACGGAAGAUGCUAUUUCAGGGCCUUGACAUCCCUGAGUUACCCAUGAACGACAGCCGCUCUGAGAGCUUUAAGCCACAGUAUGAACUGAUUGCGAAGCUUUGUCCUCUGAUGGUAAGGACAAUCAUGGCUACAACCAUAGCCAAUCAACAACCUACUAUUCAAGAAGCAGUGAUGUCUUCCGAGAACAUUCAUGUGAAAGAGCUGUGUGAGGCAGGUAUCAAACCUCUCAAAGAGAACCAUGUACCCGAUGACUCUGAGACAAACAUCAUGGUCAGAAGGGCUUUGAGUGAAAUUGAAUCCUGUAUGAUUGAGACCUCCGCCAACAACUCUCCCAGUCUACAUUCCACACCAGAGGUGGUUGUAGACCUGAUCACCAAGCUGCUUCAUGGGUAUGAACUUCACUCAGAGGACUUUGCAUCACAUGUGCCAUCCCCAACCACCACUCUCUCUGAUGUGGCAAUGGACAUGGUGGUUUCUGUCCUUCGGGACCUGUCCGAUUCCCCAGACGUUACCUCCGCAUUGGAAUUGACCAAGGAUCUCAAGACGCCGUACUCCCGCCCCUCAAGUGCAAGGAUUGUAAGUGCCCUCUGCAGAGAGCUGGAGGAGCACAUGGGCUCUCCUGAUGCUCUGAGGCGAGCUUUGAGGCGCGGCAGCGGGGAGAUGACAACAGCCAUUGCGAGUGCAGUCACCAGGGAAGUCAACCGUCUGGGUUCAAUCGUACCUAAAGUCUCUGUCCGGCCGCUCUCCUCAGACAUCUGCCUAAGGACAGACCAGGACAAGGUCACGGUUAAGAGCCGAUGUGGCUCGGCUGAGGUGAAGGCAUCCCAACCGGUGUAUAUUAUUGUUCACGUAGAGGCGGUGAUGGAUAUCAUUGUCCGGCUGCGCGCUCUGAUUGUUCCUCGGACCCAGGAUAAACUGGCCAGCUGGACCCUAGUUGAGGAUGUGACCAACAAGCUGUCCAGUGCUCUGUGGGUGAGGGUGACUAACAGGUGGAGGGAAGCAAAUGUCUGCCUGAAGGCAACAGACAUCUUUCAGUUGGUGCUGUCUGUGCAUAGAAAGUUGAUGCAACGCUAUGGCACAGAGGAAGCCCUACAGAAGAUACUGUGCCACAAGGCACCCAAGCUGCACAAGGACAUUGUCUGUCUUGUCACAAACGGAAUUAUGGAUGCACCAUCCAAACUUCAAGGCACCAAAAAUCUGGAAUCUACACUCAACUUGAAAGAAUUGACAGCCUUGUUUAAUGAAAUGACAACCCGUCAAUCUUUGAAUAAGAAAGCUGAGCAGAGCAGCAUCAAGACUGAGAUUGAACAGCCGGAGUGGUCCACUGUGGAUCAAGUGACAUCCGGUUCCAGCAGCUUCAUUAGGGAGGUUAUUUUAGAAGAAGUCCUGAUGAAGCUUGUCAAGAAGAUAUGCCGUAUGCCAAAAAUGACCAACAAACAUCAGCGCAUCCAGAUCAGUGAUCUGGUGACUGAGCUGAUCCGAUUGUUCGAUGAUGAGGUGGCCAAAUAUCUGAUUGAGGAAAUGGGAAGCCAGCAAAAAAGUUUCAAUUCUAAGAUGACAUCGAAGCUGGCAGAUGCCAUCUACACUGACCUUGGGAAGGUCAAGCGUUUGAAACGCUCCUUGAAAAUUGACGAUUUAUUUGAGGACCAGGAGAUGCUUUCCUUUGUCUCUGACAUUGUUUCCCACAAGCUACUGGCCAUCUUGAAACCCUCAGUGCCCAACCCAUAUGACCACAAGACCUCAGACCUUGAAGACUCAUGCAGGGAUGAUGUGGAGGAUGCGGAAUCUGAGGGUGUGCAUUAUGCCACCGGCAGAAAGUCCAAGAUGAGCAUUGUCCUUAAAGACACUACAGACCAGCCAGAGAUGUACAUUGCUGUGGAUUCUCCACCUAUGAUUAAAUUAUCCAAGAUGAGGAAAGGCAUCCGGGGCUUCUUCUGGGGAGUCCAGAAGGCCUGGAAACGCUUGGUCACCUGCAAGUCCUCUGGGUCCUCUGAUGGAUAGCCUGGAUGACGUGCAGCCCAUGUCAGUUGCUUUUGCCAGGCUACAUCUGAGGAGAACACCACAACUGGCCUCAAUACAACAUUUUUAUUUUUGUUGUUAAUUUCUGUUUUCAUUUUGAGUCCCCUAAUGCUGCUCUAUUUGAACCAGGCUGUCAGUGGACUAGCUUACCAUUAGUUUAUACUCCUUAAGGAAGAUCCACUAUAGGCUACUCAACACCAAAAUUCCAUCUGGGUCUUUUGAUCCUUUAUUAGCUCCCACUCCUGUAACUAGGAAUGUGAGCUUCUAAAUGUCAUUCAGACAUCUACAGCUUCUCCUGUGAUUAGGAAGAUAAGCUAAGAAGCCCAACCAAUUUAGAUGUGCUGUACAUCUGAUGCCAUCUCCCUAUUGUAAUCAUUGAUCCACGUCCAUUGCAGCCUCUGAAUUUGAUGUAGAUAUUUAGCCUAAAUUAAAGAAUUACAAGGAGGGUAGGCCGACAGCAGCUUCUACUCUUCCGAUUAGAAAAGUGGUGCUGAAC